AUGCGACCCAUUUUGCUGGCAAGAGCUGUGUUAAUGGCAGUAGGCUGGACGGCCCAAUGUGUUCUGGCCAUUGAUGCAAGUCUCGUGGGUGAGGCUAGCAAUGCCUUGUCAGCAUUUCUGGCAGAUGCGCCCUUGUCAACUCAAUCCGCAUCGGCCUCAACUCAGGCUCUAGAUAUGGCGUCACUCAGAAGUGCGGUCAUCGCAGGCAAUUAUACCUCCCGCUUGUCCAAUCUUACGAGGCAGCGUUGCCCCGUGAGUUGCACCAGUGCCGGGGCUGUCGAUUCGUCCAACUGGUCUGUUUAUCAUAGUGUGGAUCGUCUCUCGCUGUGCAAUAGUACCAUGCUUUUGAAUUUCGCCGUCUUUAAUCUCCUUGGAAACUCGGACACGCACAUCAGUAUUUCUGCCUGUACUGCCGAUCUGGAUUCCUCGACGACGGAAACAGUGGCAUCCAUCGCCAGUGAUGUUACAUCCAAUACUGAUGGUGCGAAUUUGACUGAAGUGACCUCAUCGGUGCAGCUCAGCUCGUCAGGAUCGACUUCCGAAGCCUCUUUGACUGAUGUCGUUGCCGCCCUGGAGCAACUACAAAUAUCAUCCGCUCUCAAUGUCGCCCAACUGGCAUCAAAUGAGACGUUUCAUUUUUCUUUGUCUGGAAACGCUGCGGUGGGUGUUUAUGUUGGCUCCGGACUUGCCAGUCAACAAGUGAUUACCUCCAUCCUGAAGAGCCUUAUAUCGCAAGUCCAAAGCGAUGGCACCGUGGCCGAAACUCUCCUCGUCCAGCUGUGUGAUAAUCGCACGGCCAGAUACUCCUUAGGAGUCUUCAUCGAUACCCAGGCGAAUCUUUCGUCGGUGCAGUCCGCCGUGCAAUCAUGGCGGAACAACACUUGCAUUACGACUAUGGACAAAACCACCGAAGACUGGAAAAAAGCCACUUUCCUCGCCACAUCUCAUAUCCAAUUAAACUCCUCUGUUAGCAACAGCAGUGUCAAUAUCACCAACUCGACUACAUUGGCAAAGAGAUCACAUGGUCGUGUUAUUCUUCCACGCGACGACACCUGUACCACAGCUCAGGUUGUCUCAGGGGACACAUGUAUAACUCUUGCCGCAGAAUGUGGCAUCACAUACGCAGAGUUCACAGACUAUAACUCCAUUGAUGACUGUACCGAUCUCCCAGUGGGGGAAUACGUCUGUUGUUCCAGUGGGACCCUGCCUGACAAUUCCCCGCAACCGGAUUCUGACGAUAAUUGCUACGCAUACGUGGUAGUGACAGGAGAUACUUGCUCGGCGUUAGCCGCGACUUAUUAUAUCACUGUGGAUGAGAUUGAAAGUUAUAACAACGACACGUGGGGAUGGAUGGGGUGUGGUGAUCUGCUGAUCGGAAACAAUAUGUGUUUAAGCAGCGGCUGGCCUCCAAUGCCCACCACUAUUGACAACGCAGUUUGCGGCCCCCAGGUAAACGGUACUGCAACCGCACCUCAUGGUACCGAUUUGAGUACUUUGAAUGAAUGCCCCCUCAAUGCUUGCUGUGAUAUUUGGGGGCAGUGUGGAACGACAGCUGAGUUCUGCACCAUCUCUAACUCAACUACUGGGGCCCCUGGAACGGCUGCAGCGAAUGAAAAUGGCUGUAUAUCCAACUGCGGAACUGAUAUAGUGACAUCCGAUGCCCCGGCUGAGUACUUCUCCAUUGCCUAUUUUGAGGGCUUUGAUUGGGAACGACCUUGCCUGCGAAUGUCGGUCGACCAAGUCGAUACGUCAAGUUAUACCCAUAUCCAUUUUGGGUUUGCAGCUAUCAAUGCUGAUUAUUCCCUUAAUGUGACUGCCAUUGAGCCUCAAUUGCCCUUCCUGCUCGGUAUGAGUGGUAUCAAGCGAAUCAUAUCAAUAGGUGGAUGGGAUUUUUCUACUGAUCCUGACACAUACAUGAUCUUCCGGGAUGUGGUGAGCUCGGAAACCAACCGUGCAACCUUGAUCACAAACGUGGUGAACUUUUUGGUUGACAAUGACCUGGAUGGGGUGGAUUGGGACUGGGAGUAUCCCGAUGAGCCUGAUAUUGAAGGUAUACCAGCUGGCACGGCCGAAGAUAGCGUGGGUUAUUUUCUGCUACUCGAGGAACUUAAAACCAGUCUGGCUUCGAGCUCAGCCACGUCCGAUAUGACGGUUUCUUUCACUGCACCAGCCUCGUUCUGGUACUUGCAGUAUUUCCCUGUACUAGCACUCAGCUAUGUGGUGGAUUAUAUUGUCUACAUGACAUACGACCUCCACGGACAGUGGGACUAUGGGCAUGCCUAUUCCGAUGAUGGCUGCUCAGCUGGCAACUGUUUGCGGUCCCAUGUGAACUUGACGGAAACUAUCAACGCGCUUUCCAUGAUUACCAAAGCUGGUGUUUCUGCGAACACUGUUGCUGUGGGUGUCUCCAGCUACGGACGUUCCUUUGAAAUGACCGAGGCCGGCUGCUGGACCGAGAUGUGCACGUACACAGGGCCUGAUUCAGGUGCCCUUCCAGGACCCUGCACGGAUACUGCUGGUUAUAUUUCCGACUAUGAGCUGGGCUUGAUCAUCGCAGAGAAUCCUACGGCCGAAUCUCUCUUCGACUCGGACUCCUUCUCGAACAUCCUGGUCUACAACGAUACCCAGUGGGUUGCCUACAUGAAUGAUUCCAACAAGGCGGUCCGGACUAUUUUGUACGAGAGUCUGAAUUUCCUGGGAGUCGCAGAUUGGGCAGUGGAUCUACAGUCAGAUGAUGGUGACGGUGAUUCAUCCUCUUCUUCGUCUAAUUCCUCGGCGGAGACUAUCUAUGUGAAUCCUGAUAUUUGGAAUUCGGCAACUCCAAUCGUAACAGCACUGCCUGGUGACACACUCAUAUGGCCUCCAAUGCCUUUGAGUAGCACAACGACUAUCACAUUUCCUCUCUGGGCCACCACAGUCUCCUACUCAAGCCUUACCACCCUCACAAACACUCUCACGGAUGGCUCGACAUCGACUUAUCCCUGGUAUCUCUACGUGUCUAUUCCAACCAUUAUCUCAAUUCCCCCAGGUUGGUUUCUCUUCUGA